ACUUGAAGUUAGUUGCUACAGGAUCUUUGAGAGUCUGUCUCUCGUACAAUAACAUUAUUUGAACAAAAAAGUAACAAGCAGCAUAGAAGACGUUGUUUUAUUCUCUGUUCAUACAAGUGUACAAGGUUCAUCUAACCAACGUGUUAUGUAAAAUGUAUGUGGCUAUUUCGCGUAUGCAGAAGUAGUCACAGCGAACGUGUCGAUGUACUUCGGCUGCCAGUAGGUGGCGUUAGGAGUAGGCGUGCGUGGUCGCGCGACACGUUCGUUAUUCGUUAGCUCCGAGUCCGGUGAGUACGUUCUCUCAGCUUUCCCGUCGUAUCACGGUGUCGCGAGCGCGUCUGUCGUCGACGCUCGCGGUGUCCGUCGAUUUAAUCUAAUCUGCAUUGGGGAAAAUUCAAUUCUGCGUGCGCCAGUACCAGCCGCGAGUGUUGUGUUUCGCGGAGCGUGCGUGGCGUGCAACGAGUAAUCGUCAAAGGAUCGGGCCGGGUUUUCGGGGCGAGAGAACGGCCAGUUAGUCGGUCGGGUGCGAGAGACGAGCGAGGCACACGGGUGCAUAUAGACAGAGAAGGAGGAAACAGUGCACGAGCGAGGCACGCAGUAGUACGCGGAACCGAGCGAGACAGAGGACGGAACGAAAUAGCGAAAGAGAGAAGAGGCUAGAAGUGUGUCGGGCCAGUACAUCGAGGACCGUAGCUGGGAAAUCUUGGUUUUCCUCUUCGUGCGGCCGGAUCGAAGGGCGCGCGGGUGUGGACGGAGUUGCCGAAAGGAGAAACCCGCGGUGGAACGGUCGCAAAUAAGUAGGAAACGUUACGAGCCAUCCACAAGGAAGGGUGUAUGUACGAGGCGUGUAUCUCGCGCGAGGGAGGAGGCAUUGUGUCCACCGAACGAGAGUGCGAGAAAGAGACGGUGCGCGGUGCCGUGUAAACAUACACAUCCGAUCGCCGUGAGUGCGUACGCGAGUGGCAAUCAGCGACGACUUAACGGCCGUCGCCGUCGACGUCGUCGUCGGGGAGGAUCAUCGAGAUCGCUGAAGCUGUGUCGUCGGCAUCUCCUCGUGUUCGACGAGGAGAAGACGUUGAUCGCGUCCGUGGUGUAAGCGUGGAAAAAAUCGGUGGAAGUUAACGGCUCCGGGUGCCGUGCGUCGUGUGUGUAUCAAUCGCCGCGGUGUGUUUGACACGCGUAUGAACCUUCAUCACAAAUGACAGUCUACCGGACGAGAAGGGAAGUCGAGUGCUGGCUGGAUUCGUCUGUCUAGCGGGCAAAGCGCGACACGAGAUGCAUCGGAGGGUGGGCUACAGCAAUUACGAUGGGAAGAUCGCCGGCCUGUACGACCUGGAGGAGACACUCGGCCGCGGUCACUUCGCCGUGGUGAAGCUGGCCCGACAUGUUUUCACCGGCGAAAAGGUCGCAGUAAAGGUCAUCGACAAGAGUAAACUCGACGAGGUCUCGAGAGCGCACCUCUUUCAAGAGGUGAGAUGCAUGAAGCUGGUGCAGCAUCCGAACGUGGUUCGGCUCUACGAGGUGAUAGACACCCAGACAAAGCUCUAUUUGAUCCUGGAGCUCGGCGAUGGCGGCGAUCUCUACGAUUACAUCAUGCGACACGACAGCGGUCUAAGCGAGGAGGUGGCCAGAACGUACUUCCGGCAAAUAGUUCGAGCCAUAUCGUAUUGCCAUCGGUUGCACGUGGUGCACAGGGACCUGAAACCCGAGAAUGUGGUGUUCUUCGAGAAACUCGGCACCGUCAAGCUCACCGAUUUCGGAUUUAGCAAUAGAUUCUAUCCUGGUCAGAAGCUCGAGACUUCCUGCGGUUCCCUAGCGUAUUCGGCGCCGGAAAUUCUACUUGGCGAUAGUUACGACGCGCCUGCUGUCGAUGUUUGGUCGCUAGGUGUCAUUUUGUAUAUGCUAGUAUGCGGUCAAGCGCCUUUCCAAGAGGCGAACGACAGCGAGACCUUGACGAUGAUCAUGGAUUGCAAAUAUUCGAUCCCGCCGCACGUGUCCGACGGCUGCAAGCGUUUGAUCGCGAGGAUGCUGGUCAGGGAACCUGAAGGUAGAGCCUCCCUCGAAGAAAUACGUGCUGACGCUUGGCUAGCCAUCGGGACCGAUUCGGACCCGGUUGAAGCAUUGCCGUUGGUCUCGAGGCAACAGGUGUCCGACGACCAUCACAAUCAUAUAAUCACUAAGAUGGUUAACGGGAACAUUGCCACCAAAGAAGAAAUAUUGGAGGCCCUCGACAAGAAUGAAUACAAUCACAUAACGGCAACGUAUUUCUUGUUGGCGGAGAGGAAGCUGCGAACUUAUCGCCAGGAACUGGUGCAGAAGUCUCGACCGGAAAUUCUCGAAGUCUCGCCCAGCCGACAAGACGACGCUGCCAGCAAUAUUCGUGCCGAACAAAACUUGUUGAGUACGAUCAAUCAGUCGUUAUUAAGUGUACCACGGACGCCGGGUGACGUGACUCAGAACGUUCGCACGCGGAAGUGCAGCAUCGUCCAGGAGGAAGAGGACGAGGAUGACGUGUCUUCGUGUUCCGGGCGCGACGACCGCGGCAGCAAUUCCGCACUGAAUUCAUUCAAUCGCCGCGGUUCUCGCUCGGAAGGGAAAUUGUCACACAUCCUACAAGAACGGCUGUCUCAGCUUCCAGAAAAAUCGAGCCACAAGCCAAUUCCGUCGCAGCGGAUCUCGCAGAAGGAUGUCAACGUAAUUCCUGUGAUCGCCGAGGGCGAGGAUCGGCUGAAGUCUAGUCCAAUGAGCGGAGCCGGCUGCGGUUCCACGCCGUCCGUCCAGCACAAGGCAACGGUCAGACUUCUAGCGGGCAAUCAGCUCGUGGAAAGAGUACCUGAAGCAGCGAGACUCGACGCAAUCAGUCAGGAGAAUAUAAAGAACCGUCUGGACGAUGGCUCGCCUCCGAGCUGGUCGAGGAAGGGAUCUUCGGAGAACCGGCCGAAAUCGGUGUCAGAAUGUUUGAAGCCAGUGGGACCUAUACCACCGAACAAGUGGAGGAUGGGAGCGCAGCACCGGUCGCCCAGUUCGUCGUUAGACUCGUCGACGAUUGGAUCGCCGAAAAUAUCUAAUUCCAGCAUAGCGACCACCACGACGACUAUAUUAACCGAAUCGUCGACAGUGACGAUUCCACUGCGACCCUUGACCGGGCUUAACGACAGUAUACCGCCUAAGUAUAAAACUAUGCCAUCGCCGGGAAGUACUAGUUCGACGUCCACACCGUUGAACGAAAUUCUAGAGGACGCUGAUGCGUUGCCAGUAUCCGGUAGCGAGAGCGGCAGCUCCAAAUGCCGCGUAGUGAGGAGGACGGGGUACGAACAGAGGAAGAGCAAGUUUCACAAGACACGUACGACGUCCUGUUCGAGUUCGGACGCUAGCGACGACGAUAGCGAGAGCAGGAAGAAGAGAGCACAUAAGUUGAGCACCGCGGGCAAAUCGAUGCCUUCCAGGCGCGACAGUCACGACGAUUCUAGCGAUUCUCAGGAUCCUGGCGGAAGCGGGGGCGGCGAAGGUGGCGGAGGAGGUGGCGUAGGGAACGGAGAACGGACUACGACGGAGACUCCAACUAGUGAGACGGAAAGGAGAAGCAGCGGGGGUAGCGGCACUAAUACCUCUACGACUACCACGACGACCGGCGGCAGGCACAGGUGCUCGGAGAAUCAAGUUAUAUUCGGUAGGAGGCAUCGCGCGGGUAGAAGAAGAGCCGGAGAAACGCGAUUGAGGGAGAGUCAGUCGUUGAACCGCAUCACGGAAGUUCAAGAGGCAGAAGCACCGCCGUCUCACAAUCACGGGUCUCGUAAUUCCGCGGUUCUAGGAGUCCAAAGUAUAUCUUCUUCGUCGUCGUCCGUGUCUCAGAGCAGUACGGGCUCGCACGGGGUUUCCCAACCUCUAUCCCAUGCAGCAGCGACCGUUCAAAAGGCUAAAGGCUUCGGCGCGAGGCUCCUUCAGAGUUGGUCCCUCACCACUGGCAAAUCGUUGUCUCAAUCGUCGAACAAGCAAAACAAUUACAGUCCGAAUGGCAGGUGUACCAAGCAGCAGGAAUCGCAACGUGACACUUGUCAGAGGAUCGAGACGUGCUGCGACGAUCGGGAAAUGAACGGCGGCUCGGUGAAUCAGAUACCGUCCAAUGACAAAGAGAACCGGAAUGGCUCAAUGAACAGGAAUGAUUGUAAGAACAGAAAAAUCCGGUUGCUCAGUCGGUAUUUUGCGGUGCACAAGAAACUGUGUGUGCCGCUGCCCGGGAUUUUCGGUAAAGGGCGGCUUUACAAGGCCCGGUCUUGCGGCAGCAUCGCUCGGGAUCGUGUCAGUCCUCCGUCGCCGAAAUCCAUGCUGUUUUGCGCCCCGACGGACGACAAAUGGCGAGAUCGUCGACAGUGGUGCGAUGUCAAGCAUCAGCACCGCGGCAGCGACGGGGACAUCAAUCAGAAUCUGGGCCUGUCGCACUUGGUCCAAGAGAGCGUGGUCGGAAAGGGUUGCAGCGGGAUGCCCAACGUUUGUCACAUUCAUUUGGGCGACGCGUCCAAGUGUUGUAGCCUUUGUUGAUGAAUCCGCGCGACGGCCAGGUCGACGCACAAACGCCGACGGAAGAAGGCAUCGUGUGUCGAGAAUCGUUGACCUGCAGCCCUUGAAAUCACGCGGCCCCGUUCUUUCGUGGUCGGGAAAUUGCGCAAACAAGCGCCGAGAGACGCGGUUAUCGCGAAGUGCAAUCAGUUUCAUGGCAAUCGUAUUCGCGCCGCAUACGAAGAAACCGAAUAGGAUGACGCGAGUCGGGAUGGAUCUUUUGUACGCGUCGCGCGGUAAUCGUUAACGAUCGCGACCACUUGACCGAUUACGCCGGAGAUGCGUCACGACGGUCAAUGCAUUCAAUCAAUCACGUCACAUGUCCUCUCCAUUGGAUGCUGUACAAGCACAGAACCUAAUCCUGUAACCUUCCGAACGCGCGAGAGAGAAAGUGGGAUCGAUGCAGGUAAGCGUCGCGACAAGAGGGAAGGAGCGAAUCGAUAGAUCUGUUGCUCUGCAGAAAGUGUAUCUAGUCCCUAUGAACAAACCUAUAUUAAAUAUUGCAGAGUUUAUUACUAUUAAUAUUAUUAUUAUCGAUAUUUUAUUAUUCUUAUUAAUAUUAUUUUUGAUCAUCAUUAUUAUUAUUAUCAUCAUUGUCUCAGUUGAUACAUCGUAGAUAGAAAUCGACCUGAAUCAUACGCGAGUAAGCGAUCAUUAGAAUCUCGUAGUUACGGAGAGUAUCCCUCCCUUUUUCCUUUACUUAUCUAUUUGUCACUAUACUAUUCCUUCACUUGAACUUGUUCCUUUCAUCAUUUUGAUUGCAAAUCAUCGUACAAUUUUUUUCUCACGUAUAACGAACCAGUUGUUCGUGUUAAGCAAACGUGGUCUGUUCGAAACAAUAGCGGAACUCAUUCGUGACGAAGAAAAGCAGCCGCGAUAUCGUCUUUACAUUUGUGUAACACGUUACUCUAAUCGAUUAAACUUAACCGAUGCGGCCGGUGACUAUUGUGGUGCUACACGCAAGGAUUCGACGAAGAAGUGACUCGUAUUUCUCUUUUCGCGUGACGUCCUAGGAGAUGAAUAAUUUAAGAUCUGCAAAACGACCGGAUCUACUGAAGUGGAUGAAAGUUUAGACGGAAAGAGUUCUUCACGAUCUAGUCCUUAAUUUAUAUUUAUAGAACUCGCGAGUGCAUAUGAGCAAAGUAACAAGGAAAACUGUCGUAACUUCUGAGUGGGUACAAGGUGCAAGAAACUCUGUCACUCUCUACUAGAACAAGGAUAGGAAGUUCUAUAUAAUACUAAUCAGACCAAGGCUCUAGAAAUCAAACUCGUUCCCACGGAACUGCGAAUGAAGAGUAAUUCUCCGUGAACGCUCGAUGUUCAGAUACCAAAGUGACAAUACGAAUGCUUACGAAUUCUUGAAGCUAAAGAAAUCGAAUCUCCUAGGACAGGUCGACUGAUUUGCGAUCGCGCGUUUUCUUCUCGUCGAUCGAUUCAACGAAUCUUCUUCGCUCAUUGAAACAAUUGACAGCGAGUGUCAGCGCGCUUGCCGGCUAAGUGCACCUCGUUCCUCACUCUCACCCUUGUCUUAAUCCUCGAACGUCAUCGUCAUCGUCGUUGCCCAACGUGCGCGUUCGUCUCGUCGCAAAAUGCAUAAUAAAAACGGAAACACGAUACAUGACGACGAUCGAUUGCGACGCCGGGAACAAUAAUCCAUGACAGAACACGCGUUCUUUCUUACGUCGAUCGAUGGAGCUGAGAAACUGAACAGGAUGAAACUCACGGACUUUAUGUGGGACUCUUAUAAAUCGUUUGCUGCGAAGAUCGAAUGCUGGCCAUUCGCCUGAAUGUUUCCUGAAUCCGAUAUAUAUGUAUAUGCAAUCGCUUUUCAUCCCUCUCCUCCCCCGUUUUUAUAUACCUGUCGCCGGAAUGGGGUAACAAACGGAAUGAAAUAAAAAUUUUUUAUUUUCCUUUUUAAUAAUACACAGCCGUGUAACAUAUUUCAUAUUGUCUUUUUAUUUGGCGUAAUGGGAGUAAAAGUUUAUUGGACGUCUUUGAAAAAGUCGUCCCGGGUGUUGUUUUAUGGGUGCAUUGAUACUAACGACGUACUAAUUCUAUUUAAGCGGUUGAUGUUUCAAAGACAAGAGUUAAUAAGUAGUAACGCUGAAUAGAUGUUUGCUAUAGCCGUGAGUCAAUGUCUACAAUUCUACAGAUUCUACAUCAUCACAGUAGCAUAGCACGUUUACAACAUUUUGAACAUAUCUGUAAUAAACAUUCCUUGGAUGCACACAAUGUCUUCAGCUAUGAUACGCUACGAAACUAUUGUUGUUGAUACAUAAAAUUGCAUUGCUCGGUAAAAUGAAUGCAGUCGAAUUAAAUGACAGAAUUCGCAACGGCAUUUAAUAUCGGAACAGGGACCAGGUCAUCACAGUCCGGAAUUCGUCGCAGCGCUUUCUCAAUCUAUUGUCUAGGAUAAAAUAUUAGAGUAGAGACGAUUGUAAUAAAAUUUACAUUUUUACUCGAGAUUAGUGUCGGUAAACGAAUCCAAUAUCUGUUCUGUUAGUAUCAAUGAUCGACCCAGGAUGAACCGUCGCAUCACAAGUUCCUUCCCCGUACGGAUUUAAGCAAUCCUUCACUUUUCCAAAGCAAUAUCCAAGAGAUUUAUGUGGUUAUAUGAAAAUACAUGCCCUCGAUUCUUGUAUGGUUUCCCAUCAACGGCGACGUUCCAUGUCCCCCAAGUGAACCGAGAAUGCUUUUGUACCUAAAUGCGUACGACAGGUAUACGAAUCCACGCGUAGAACUGUACGUACCGAGCCAGAAAUGUUUCUAGUGUAACGCAAUUUAUUUAUUAUACACCCUGCGGAGAGGAAGGUCGAGCGAGAUAGAGUGAGUGCGCGAGAGGAAGAUAGACGAUCCUUUUCAAUCGUGACUGCCGACGAUCGUCGACCCCUUUGUCGCUUUUUCCUCUGUUAACCCUCGUGUCGUCGCCACGGGAACGAGAUCCUUUGCUUCCUCGACAAAGACUGAGCAAAUUGUACAAUAAAAAAAAAA